UCCCGACAAAUAUGUUGGCGAAAUAGUGUGAGCCCCGUGAUCUUGCGACUGUUUUAAUUUUUACGGCCAUAUUGUUCUCUCCGCGGGGGAUAAUCGCGACCUAUGAGCCAUUCUCGGAGAAUGCUUUCCUCGUCACUUCGGUCCGCUGGACGUGUCCCAUUUUACCCGAAUUUUCGGUAGUGAUUCGGGGCCCUGCAUGAUGUGCCACUGAGGAGUGUUAAGUGCUCGCUAAUGAGUGAGGAGGGAAAAUUCUGUUUAUCUUCUGCAUAAUGAAACUCAGGGGGAACUCCCUAUUGAUGAGGUGAAGCAGGAACUUGGAACUCCACUACUUGAAACUAUUCGCAGACUCAAUUCAGUGGCUUCGCGUAUUGUCUUACUCGCAUCUCGGGGGCUUUGAAAAGUGGAACAAAAUUUUACUGUUGGUGGUGGGAUUAGUGUCAGCGAAUGCGCGUUAUCGUGAAAUUUAUGUAUCGCCACGAACUCCGGUGAAAAGCAUCCUCACUUGUUACGAUAGAUUAUCUACUCGAUUUAACAUAAUAUUACUUCGAGAUAUUUCGGGAUGGCGAGGACAUUCAAUUUGAUUAGUCCGUUGUCAGUUUGAGGACGAAGUGACGAGGGGUGUCGACUGAUAAAAUUCAAGUGAACAUUCAUCUAAUUCUGCAGUUUGUAUGCUGCGGAAAUAUCAGUAUUAACACCGGCCCAUGAGAUCCUGAGAAUUCACAACGACUUCACGCAAUCGACAUGAGUUGAACAUUGGUCAUGGAGCUGCGAAUAAUUUCAGCCAUUUUGGCCAUAUUUGUGGUGAAUGUCGUUCAUACUGGAAUAGCCACAGUUGCAGCAGGAUCGAAACCCUUUCCAGGACUGGAAAAUCUACCCAAAUCUUUCUGGCACGAGCUCAGUUCACCUUUCACCGAGGCUUACGAGGAAGAGACUUCUGCGACGGAAAAUCAUGCGACUCUGGAGCCGCGACCCUUUUUCGAGGAUCCUGAAAGUAAUGUUACCGUUCAACUCGGUGCACAGGUGCAUCUCCACUGCAGAGUUGAAAAUUUGCAGAAGCGAACGAUUUCAUGGGUGCGGAGACGCGGAAACGAGCUUCAUCUAUUGACCUUCGGCAUUCACACGUACUCUAGUGAUUCACGCUUUUCACUGGAUUAUCAAUUGCCAAAUGAUUGGCGAUUGCUACUGCGAUCAGCCACUGAGCGCGACGCCGGUAUUUAUGAAUGUCAAGUCAGCGUUCAUCCGCCAUUGACUAGGACUGUGCACUUGAUAGUGUCCGUACCACGCGUCGAAAUAGUUGAUGAGCACGGCGCAACUGCAUCUGACAAAUUUUAUAAAGCGGGAAGUACAAUAGAACUGAAGUGUGUAGUGAGUAAAGUACCUCAUCCGAGUGGUUACGUCACUUGGAGGCACGGAGCUAGAAUGCUCAAUUACGACACUAUUCGAGGUGGAAUCAGCGUUAAAACUGACAUGGGCUCUGAGGGAGCUACGUCCCGGCUGUACAUUGCAAAUGCCAAUAAGAAAGACAGCGGAAACUACAGCUGCGCUUUGGCAGAUGUAGCCGCUACUAUUGUUUCCGUCCACGUAUUAAAUGGUGAAAAUCCAGCUGCAAUGCAACAUGGCGACAGCUCCAAUCCCAACUCCACCGUUGUGGGAGUAAUUUUGCUAACACUGUUGACACUCUUGAGAUGACCUUGAAGUGUCAUUCGUCCAUCGAGGAUGGCUAUCUGUGCUGAAUUUCC